GCAGCUAAAAAAGAAAUGAUGAACUGCAGAGUUAUCUUCAUCAUCUUAGCCAUCCUGAUGCUUUCUGGACAAUUGACAGAUGGCCGAGCCAUUGGUGCAGUGAAAUUUGACCUGCGUUGUCAUUGUAUCAGAUCUGUACUCGGGAUCCCCCGAAAGUACAUCAAGAAACUUGAAAUCAUACCCGCAGGUCCACACUGCGCCAAAGUUCAAAUCAUUGCAACCCUUAGAAAAGGAAGGAAGGUCUGUGUGAAUCCAAAGGCAGAUUCGAUAAAAAUGAUAGGAAUGGCUUCGCAAUGAAAAGAAGAGAGUUGAGGGGAAAUGGACAAUCCCUUCGAACUGAUUAGUAACUCUUGCAAGAUUGCUGUUAUUUCUGGUGAUUACGUUGGUUGAACCUUUCCAGAUAACUUUGUUUGAAAGGAUACCUGUUAUUAACACUAAAACCUGGCUGAAAUGAAAGGCUCAUGUCUUGUCCUGUUGGGUCAUGUAUUAAUUUCCUUACACCUACAGAUCUAUCCUGGCAGAUACUUCAUGUUUACUCAGCGGUUAAGAGUCCCUUUCUAUAAUUGCAAUUUCGAUCUAGAGUGAAGUGGUGAGAGGGGGCAUAGGGUCAGUACUGAUGGUCAGUAUAUUUGCACUGGUUUAAGUCCUUUCUUUUACUCCGAGUAGAUACAAAAAUACUUAGGAAUAUUUGUUUCAUUAUUGAAAUUUACAUCACAGUUUUCCAUAAAAUAUACUUGUCAAUCAUUACCUGGAAAUACUUCAACACAGUGCUAUAAUUCCACACUGGAAGUAAUAUGUCAUUGUGGUGGAAGUGUUAAGAUAACAAACUUUUCACUCUGUCCUAUUUCCUGUCUGGGUAUUUUUUUUUGUACAUUUAGAUUAUUCUUCAUUAUCAUGUUGGUACUGAGUGUAGUCGUCGGUUGUAGUGGGUUAGCUUAGUUGAAGAAGUUACCAACUUGCAGCCAGGUCAGUAAACUGAGGGAAACUGAUUUGCUUACAUAGCAUGGAAAGACCAAUUGAUACUAGAUGAUCAGAUAUAGAAAUAAAUUAUGAUUUUUAAAAAUAAUUCAUAU